AUUAUUACUCUGUUAGCUGUUUUCUCCGUCGGGCGAGGCUUCAAGACGUCUUAAGCAGAGCGGAGGGUGCGACGGCGCCGUUGUCUGCUCGUCUGUCCACCUGUCCACCUCUUCGCCAUCCCCAUCGGCUAGCCAUCACUACCUUCCCGACCUCGCCUCCACCCCGCGCACACCAUGUCGUCAACAAUCGCCGCGACACUCACCCGGCCCCUCGCGACGGCCCGGAGCGCAUGGCAGGCCUACCUCGCCCAGCUGAAAGCCCACCCCCUCCGCACGAAGAUGGCCACCUCCGCGUCGAUGUUUCUGCUCGCCGACAGCGUCGCGCAGUUCGGUAUCGAGGGACGAAGGGUCGGCAGUGAUAUCGAGCGCGAGGGCGAGGAGCCGGUGCCCAAGUGGGAUGCUGGCGCGUCCGUGCGCUCGACGGCCUCCGGUGACCACAGCACGACAGCCUCAUUUACUCCCCUGGCAGCUACUGACCCCGCAGACGGCGGACUCGUCUUCGCGCCGCUCUCGCACGCGUGGCUCGGCCUCGUCGACAGAAUACGUCUCACAACCAAGCUGAGAACCCUCGGCGCGCGCCUCGCGCUCGACCAGCUCAUCUGGGGCCCGUUCAUCGUCGGCGUGUUCUGGGGCUCUAACGGCGUGCUGGAGGGCAAGAGCCCCGCGCAAGUGCAAGAGAAGGUCGAGCACGCGUUCGUGAGCUCGUACAUCAAGAGUCUGUGCGUGUUCGGCCCGACACAGGUGAUCAACUUUGCGUUCGUGCCGCUGCACCACCGGCUAGCGGUGCAACAGACCGUCGGGUUGGGCUGGAACAUCUGGCUCUCGUACAUCAACAACGUGAACAACCGGAUCCUAGCCCGCGCGAGCGCCGACCUGGCGAUCGCGCAGGCCGCCGAAGCGGCCGAGACGGCCGCCCACCCGCAGGACAAGCCGUCCCAUGCUGGCGUGGAGCGCGCCGAGCAUGCUGUCGAGAAGGCGCGCGCGAGGCGCGAGCGCAUCCGCGGUGCUGAGGGCGGCGGCGCGACCGGCGUCGGCACGCGUAUGGGCUUUUAG